ACAAAAAAUAAAGGCAGGCUGUAUAUGUAUAUGUAUCUGGUUUUCCUCUUCUCUCCAUGUUUCAUCCUAUAAACUCUCCUUUGCAAUUGCCAUAACCGCAACUCUUCUUCUUCUUCUUCUUCUUCUGUAUCCCAAUUCCCAUUUUCACAAUUCUAGUUAUGUCUGGAUUGAGAAAAUGGAACAAGGUCAAGCAUUUCCCUCUCAUAUUUGCUCAUCCAGAUCGUCUAAUCAAUCGCUAUCUCCAUCGCUUGACUCAGCUCUCCACAAUCUCCACUCAUUUCAACUAUCUCAAUAUUGGAUGCAACCGCCGGAGAGAGUCGCUCAUUGGACUUCAAGAGAGGUACAAAUGGGACCAUGGAUUUGGCGGUGGUGGCAGCGGCAAUUCCAGUGACGGCGAUUCCAAUGAUAUAAGGAAAAUUAGGGCUGAGACUAAUUGCCCUCGUUGUUCUAAGCAUAUGGAUCUCCGUUUCUCCAAUCGUCACUUCCCUUCCUCUAAUAACCCUAAUCUUGAUUUGAAUCCCAAUUACCAUCAUUACUCGAAUCGUAGUAAUAGUACAGACACUAACAAUACCACUAGUAAUAGUAAUAGUAGUUAUGAGGCCGUUAAUUUUUGCCCCAGUUGUAAAACCGCUUAUUACUUCCGUCCGUACAAAAUUGCUCCUCUUCAGGGUAGCUUUAUUGAGAUUGGGAGGGUAAGUAACAAUAAUAAUCAUAGACAUAAUACCAGAAACACAUCCAUCAAGAACUCCAAUAAUGGCAUUGAAAAUUCCUUGGAGGAUUAUAACACUAGUACCAAUGCUAAUGCUAUUAGUAAUAGACUCAGGGCGUCAUUUUGGAAUACUCUUAGGUCCUAUGCAGGGGAACCACCUGAGAAUUGGCCUCCCCCUGGUGGGAAUGUUCUUGCGGUCCAUACUCCACCUGGGCCUCCGUUUGCUCCUGGGGUUAAUGUUAUUAGAACCGCAGGGCCAGGUGGAGGAGGUGGUGGCUCAAAUGGUGGUGGUGGUGGAGCUGAAGGAGCAGCUGGAGGAGGAGAAAGGAGUAAUGGAUGGGGUGGGUCUAAUUUGGGCAAGGAAUUACCUACGCCAAAGGAGAUUUGCAAAGGUCUUGAUAAAUUUGUUAUUGGUCAAGAUAAAGCCAAAAAGGUACUUUCUGUGGCUGUAUACAACCACUAUAAGAGGAUUUACCAUGCCUCUUUGCCAAAAGGGUCAGCAGCAGAAGCAGGAAAUUCAGAUGCAAUAGACGAUGACGAUAAUGUGGAGCUAGAAAAGAGUAAUGUGCUCCUGAUGGGUCCGACUGGCUCGGGCAAGACGUUGCUUGCAAAAACACUAGCACGCUUUGUCAAUGUGCCAUUUGUCAUUGCCGAUGCAACAGCCUUGACUCAGGCAGGUUAUGUUGGUGAAGAUGUUGAAUCAAUAUUAUAUAAAUUACUCACGGUGGCCGAGUUCAAUGUGCAAGCAGCUCAGCAAGGGAUGGUCUACAUUGAUGAAGUUGAUAAGAUAACUAAGAAGGCUGAGAGCUUAAAUAUUAGCAGAGAUGUUUCAGGUGAGGGAGUGCAACAAGCGUUAUUGAAAAUGCUGGAGGGAACAAUAGUGAAUGUUCCUGAGAAAGGGGCGAGGAAGCAUCCUCGGGGUGAUAACAUACAGAUAGAUACUAAGGAUAUCCUGUUUAUAUGUGGAGGAGCGUUCGUCGAUCUUGAGAAGACCAUAUCAGAGAGACGGCAAGAUUCAUCGAUUGGAUUUGGAGCACCUGUUCGUGCUAACAUGAGAGCAGGUCGAGUAAUCAAUGCUGCAGUCACAUCAUCUUUGCUUGAAUCAGUUGAGAGUUCUGAUCUUAUAGCAUACGGCCUUAUACCAGAGUUUGUUGGGCGUUUUCCCAUAUUAGUUAGUUUGUUAGCUCUUACAGAGGACCAACUUGUGCGGAUCCUCACAGAACCAAAAAAUGCUCUUGGCAAGCAGUACAAGAAAUUAUUUAGCAUGAAUAAUGUGACGCUUCAUUUUACAGAAAAAGCACUAAGAUUAAUUGCCAAAAAGGCAAUGGCUAAGAAUACUGGUGCCAGGGGUUUAAGAGCCAUAUUGGAGAAUAUUCUAACUGAAGCCAUGUAUGAGAUUCCCGAUGUAAGAACAGGAAAUGAUAGAAUAGAUACUGUUGUAGUCGAUGAGGAGUCUGUAGGUUCCGUAAAUGCUCCUGGAUGUGGUGGGAAAAUUCUUCGUGGAGAGGGUGCACUUGAGCAUUACCUUGCAGAAUAUAAGAUGAAGCAAGCAAUGGAAAAUGUUGAGGCUGCAGACACGGAGUUGCAAGAAGGCGAAGCAGAAGUAUCAUCCAGAGCCAUGAGCAUGUAAUGUUUACUUAUACGGUAGUCAGCCACUGUUACUAUUUGUAAAAUUGCUCUUUAUUUGUAAAAGUCUCACAUUUCAUAAUUGAAUGUAAAUUAUCUCCAUGUAAAAACAGCAUAGCUUCUGAUGAUCAUAAAGAAAAUGAAAAGGAAAAUGUACAUUGCUAGUUUAAGCAGCACACUGUACAAAAAUUUCGCUUCAAUUUGAUUAAAUUUAUCAAUUUCUGAAAUUUUAUC